AUAGAUCAGCCAUUAGACUUUACGAUGGCACGGCACCACACUUCACGUUCAUAUAUGGAUGGAUAUAUAGCUUCCGCUAAGCCACAUUCCCAGCAGUGGCUUUACGAUAGUGUGCGAACGGAGUUCGUCUCAGUCCGCUUGGCAUGCUAGCUUGACGGGUAGCUUCAACUUCGCCAACACGCCAAGCGUUUAUUCAUCUCAAAGAAAGAUCUGCUCUUCAUCCGCUUCACUUGAACUGUUUAACUUGCUUAAAAAGUUAGAUAAUCAUGGCCUCCAGUCCUCCACACAACUUCUCCUGGGUGGAGCCAGGCAAACUGGCCGGACUGGCAAUGCCCAGGAUGACAUGUGAAUACCAGUAUCUGCUGGACAACGGCAUCCAGCACCUGGUUUGCCUGUGUGAGAGAAAACCACCGUAUCAUGACUCGUGUCCAAAGCUGCAGCUGCACCACAUCAAGAUAGUGGACUUCACUCCUCCUUCAGCGAGUCAGAUUGAUAGAUUUCUCUCCCUCGUGGAAGAGGCCAACUCUAAGGGGGAGGGUGUCGCAGUUCACUGCAUGCACGGACAUGGCAGAACAGGGACGAUGCUGGCCUGCUACCUGGUCAAGAAGAGGAAGAUUUCAGGCGUCGACGCCAUCAAUGAGAUCCGCAGACUGCGGCGAGGAUCGAUCGAAACUCAAGAACAAGAGAAAGCAGUGGUGCAGUUUUAUCAGCGUACCAAGUAACUUUUACACAAGGGAUAAAACGACACUUUUACAUCAUGAGGAAAUGUUUGAUUCUUACAAAACUGUGGGGAGAGGUGCCUCAGUUGUAUUUCUAAAUCAAUACUAAUAUUGUCUAAGUAUAAGACAAUCUGUACGAUACAUCAUGUCAGAACAGGAAACUAAUCAUGAAACUAAAAGUCUGGACUUAACUGAAGUCCAGUGUUAAUUGCACUUAAAGAGAAACACUUCUACAGUUAGUACACGCAUAACCUGCCUUUUGAUAUUUUAAAAUUGCAAUACUGUAAUUUUGUUUUUCUAACACAUGAUUACUUUUCUUCAUACAGACCAAUGUUCUUUUUAUGUGGCUUUAAUCUUCAUUUACGCACUGGACGCCAGGGCAAAGAGACGCUGACGCUCCCUGAACGUGAGCUUUUCGGGAGCAGUCGCGCUCUUGGUUCUCUCCUCGUGGUUCCUGCAAAUAAACAGCGAUAAAAACAGAAAUACUUGAAUUUCUCUCAUGUAGGGAAAUCAUUUAAAAAGACGGAAACUAGAUGUCUUUCUGCGGAAUUACUUUAUUCAGGAAUCAGAGCUGAAUAUUAUCAAAUCAGCUUAUUCUGACAGUGUUAGUAGAAAUGCUGCAGAAGUAUCUGUGUCAUAGUUGAUUUUGUUUGUAUUAAAAUGUCAACUCACUCUUUUGAUUUCAUGUCAUGAACGUCUUCAGUAUGUCCACUUGACUGUUGACCUACAAAAAUGGAAUUAUAUGUUUGAUGAGCACUGAAUCUCUUAUUAAACGGCAUAAUUAUUUA